AUGGAUGAGCACAAAAAACAAGAACUUAAAGCGAAAGCUGAAGCUGAAGAAAGACAAAGAUAUGAAGCAGAAGCAACGCGACACCGUGAAGCAGAAGCUCGACGUCAAGCUGAAGCGAAACGAGCGGCAGAAGCUGAACGGCGACGUCAUGAACAAGCAGAAGCACAUGAACGAUAUCGAAUACAAGUAGAAGCGCAACAAGCAGAAGCUCGGGAACGAAGAGAAGCAGAACGUCAGGGAGAAAUAGCACAACGACGCCUAGAAGAAGAACAAAAAAAAUCAAAAUGUACAAUUUCGUAA